UAUAUUUUUCUUAAUCAAGGCAAUAUUUUUAAUAACAUAAAGUUAAAAAUAUUAAACAAAAGAAUAUUAUAAUUAACACUUGCCAGCCGUAAGAUGAAUAAUUUAUGGAAUGCCUUGACACGGCGAAAAACAGAUGAUGUCAUUGAGUGUGAAUCAAAAUUGGCGCGUGUUUUAAAUGUAUUUGAUUUAACGGCAUUGGGUGUGGGAAGCACUUUGGGCUUGGGUGUCUAUGUGCUGGCUGGUGCAGUCGCCUAUGAUAAAGCUGGUCCAGCAGUUACUCUAUCAUUCUUUAUAGCGGCCGUAGCCUCCGCAUUCGCAGGCAUAUGCUAUGCUGAAUUUGCCGCAAGAGUACCCAAGGCAGGUAGUGCCUACGUUUAUAGUUAUGUAACGGUUGGGGAAUUUGUGGCCUUCACGAUUGGUUGGAAUUUGAUUUUAGAGUAUGUCAUCGGUACGGCUUCUGUGGCUAGCGGCCUUAGCGGUUAUUUUGAUUCUUUAUUGGGUAAAAAGAUGUCCAAUGCCCUAGGCAGCGCUCUGCCAAUAAACGUUGGUUUCCUGGGUGCAUAUCCUGACUUUUUGGCAUUUGCCAUGGUCUUGCUGUUAACGGCUUUAUUGGCCUUUGGUGUUAAAGAGUCAAGUUUUUUAAAUAACAUUUUCACAAGCGUUAAUUUAAUAACAAUUUGCAUUGUGCUUAUAGCUGGCAGCAUAAAUGCGGAUCCUAAUAACUGGUUCAUACCAGUUGAUAAAGUUCCUGAAGGUUUCGGUAAAGGCGGUUUCAUGCCUUACGGUUUCGCUGGCGUUAUGGCGGGAGCGGCAAAAUGUUUUUACGGUUUUGUUGGUUUCGAUUGUAUCGCGACGACUGGCGAAGAGGCCAUUAAUCCUAAACGUAAUAUUCCUUUAGCCAUAGUCAUCUCCUUGAUUAUCAUAUUCUUAUCUUAUUUCGGUGUUUCCACGGUCCUAACGAUGAUGUUGCCUUAUUAUGACCAGGAUCCUAAUGCACCCUUUCCUACGGCUUUUGAAAGCAUAAAUUGGAAUACCGUUAAAUGGAUUGUUACCCUCGGCGCAGUGUUCGCUUUAUGUACCAGCUUAUUGGGCGCGAUGUUUCCCUUGCCUCGUGUACUCUACGCCAUGGCUAACGACGGCAUUAUAUUUAAGAAAUUAUCCGCAGUAAAUAAUCGCACGCAAACGCCAUUAAUUGCGACCAUAGUGUCCGGUGUAUUUGCUUCUAUUAUGGCCUUAAUUUUUGAUCUGAAUCAAUUAAUUGAUAUGAUGAGUAUCGGAACACUGUUGGCUUACACCAUUGUGGCUAUUUGCGUUUUAGUGUUACGCUAUGAAGACGAUUUAAAAGCCGAAAGCGAAGAAAUUGUAGUCGUAACUGCGUCGACUAUAUUUAGACAGCUAUUCAAUUUCAAUUCAUAUCGGCGACCGAAUAUUUUAAGUUCAUCGAUAACAAAAGUUAGUAUUGUAUUGUUUGCCGUUGUUUGCAUCGUUUGGUGCAGUUUAGAUAAAGUUUACGAAUUUGGUAGUAUGCCUAGUAUCAUAUCAUUAAGUAUUCUUACCGUUAUACUCAUAUUAAUAAUGAUAAUAAUCGCAAUGCAACCAAUUUCCACUAUCGAGUUAACGUUUAAGGUACCACUUGUGCCCGUAAUACCAUGCCUAAGCGUGUUUGCGAAUUUAUAUUUAAUGUUUCAAUUGGACGUUUUCACUUGGAUACGUUUCCUAAUAUGGAUUGCCUUAGGCUAUAUGGCAUAUUUCAUGUAUGGCAUAUGGCAUUCAACACAAAUUCAAAGAAAUCGAAAUCAUAUCGAGGCGGCUAUGAAAUUGCAACAUCAAUACACUAAUCACGCCUUCGAAUCGGAUGCAAAAACGAAUGAAUUUAAUAAAAAUAGCGUAGUCGAGAAAAUUUGAAAAAAAAAAA